UUCUUCUCAACGCCAGUAUACGCGUAUUGCAUGGCUUCUCAGCAGAGAAAUAAUCAGGAAUAUGAUUCCGAAGACGAAUAUAAUUCACAAAUGAAUCUCAAUGGGUAUAAAAUAUCUCUACAUAGUGCUGUUAAGGUCGGUUACAACCAAAAAUGUUAGUUAGAAAAGGGUGUUUUCGCUGUCAGCGCGGAUUUAUGAUACGAGCUAAAGGCUAAACACUCGUAACAUUUUACUCACUACACUCAACAUCUUCAUUAAAUGCCACAACUCACCAAAAUGAAGACCCCUGUUUUACUUCUAUGCUUUUUGCUCGCAAAAGGUGUGUUUGGUGAUUUUGUGAUGGAGGGAGAUUCUGUCACGCUACACACUGAUCUUACAGAUUUACAGAAAUAUGAACGUAUACUGUGGACAUUUGGACCUGACCGCACUCGUAUAGCUCAAAUCAACAAUGUAGUCAAUAAGAUCUCAUUAUACAAUGAUGUUCUUGAUGGGAAAUUCAGAGACAGGCUGCAGCUGGAUGAUCGGACUGGAUCUCUGACCGUCACAAACACCACAACUGAAGACUCUGGACUUUAUGAACUGCAGAUCAUUGGUGGGAUAGAGGUCCCACCAAAGAAGUUCAGUAUUAUUGUUUCUGCUCGUCUGCCUGUUCCUGUCAUCAGCAGAAACUCUUCACAGUGUUCUUCAUCAUCUUCAUCAUCAUAUUGUUCAUUGGUGUGUUCAGUGGUGAAUGUGGGUCAUGUGACUCUCUCCUGGUACAAAGGAAACAGUUUAUUGUCCAGCAUCAGUGUGUCUGAUCUCAGCAUCAGUCUCUCUCUACCUCUGGAGGUGGAAUAUCAGGAUAAAAACAGCUACAGCUGUGUGCUCAACAAUCCCAUCAGCAACCAGACUCAACAUCUGGACAUCAGUCAACUCUGUCAACCAUGUUCAGUGGAUGCAUCAAGUUUAAUCCCAGAAGAUGGCUUACCCUUAAGUCACAUGGUGCUGAUCUGCGUUAGUGUUGUAGUUACUGUACUAGUCUUGGCUGCAGUUGGGAUGCUCAGUAUCUACUGGAAAUACAGGAACACAAAUCAAAUGGGCAAGUUUACUUAAAGUUAAUAGAGCAAGAUGAGCUUUAUUGUGCAAGCAUGUAGUUUUAACCACAUUUAUGUAAUUGAUUUACUUAAUUGUUUAAGUCUGUGGUUUG